AUGCAUCCCAAUGAUGGCCAAAACAAUGGGGCCGCAGAUCUGGAAAUGAACCGCAUUCAAAGUACUGUGUCAGCCAAUGACAUUGUCUCUUCGUUAGCAUGGCACAACCUCAGCGUCGUUGUCAAAGACCACCAGACAGGCCGUCAGUUGUCCAUCUUAGAUAAGGUGUGCGGAACAAUCAAGGCCGGAGAGGUGCUUGCUAUCAUGGGACCCAGUGGCUCCGGAAAGACGACUCUACUCAACGCUCUAGCGCAUCGGGUGGCUGCUGCUGGAGCCACAACUCAGGGGGACAUUUUGGUGAAUGGUUCCAAGGCGUCCCUGCAAACUAUUCGAGACUUGUCUAGUUACGUAGAGCAAGAAGAUGCUCUGAUUGGUAGCUUGACGGUUCGGGAAACAAUGAUGUUCGCGGCUCGCCUCUCACUUCCAGCAACCGUGACUAAACGAGAAGCAUUUCAGCGCGUUGACGAUCUGAUCGCGAGCUUUGGUUUGCAAUCCCAGGCACACACAAUUGUUGGCACGACUAUGAAGAAGGGUCUGAGUGGAGGCCAAAAGAAACGGCUAGGAGUCGCAAGUCGCUUGGUAACAAAUCCCAAGAUUCUCUUUCUCGACGAGCCAACGAGUGGGUUGGACUCCGCUCUUAGUCUUGAGGUUUGCACUUAUAUCAAGGAUAUUGGCCGCAGGCACAAUCUAGUAAUUGUGGCAUCGAUUCACCAGCCGUCGUCGGCAACAUUUUUGCAAUUCGAUUCCCUCUGCCUUCUAUCUGGAGGACGUACCUGUUACUUUGGUCCGAUCUCUGCCGCAACUGCAUACUUUACCAGCAUCGGACACUCAAUCCCUGCGGAGACAAACCCGGCCGAGUACUUCCUAGACUUGAUUAAUACAGACCUGGAUAAAGACGGAGAGAUUCGCCGUCGAACUCAUCACAUCUGUCAGUCUUGGGCUGCAUCUGAGAAUCAGAAGAGCCUUGAACUCGUCGUACAGAAAUCUCAAGAAGCCGCUUCAAAAGACAUAUUGCAUUACUCUGUCGAACGGUCAUGGAUAAAGUCAUACCGCGAUAUUAUGGCAUAUGGUAUCCGUAUUGUCAUGUAUCUUGGUCUUGCUAUCCUUAUGGGCACCGUUUUUCUCCAAUUUAACGAAGAGCAAAAAUAUGUGCAGCCUUAUAUUAACGCUAUCUUUUUCGCUUUUCUGGAAGACUUUAAUACCUUUAAGCAGGAGCGAGCCAACGGCUUAGUUGGGCCUUUGGCAUUUUUAAUGUCUAACUUUAUUAUUGGCCUCCCAUUUCUUUUUAUUAUUACAAUCAUCUUUUCGGUUGUUGCAUAUUGGCUUAUUGGAUUCCGCUCUGAUGCAUCGACUUUUUUUAUGUGGGUUUUAUGGCUCUUCCUGGAUUUGGUGGCUGCAGAGUCUCUUGUUGUUCUUGUUUCCUCUGUCUUUAAUAUCUUUGUUGUUGCUCUGGCUAUUACCGCCUUUGCCAACGGUCUUUGGAUGUGUGUUGAUGGGUUUUUGGUGCCGAUGAAUAUUCUAAACCCCUUUUGGAAGUACGCCUUUCAUUAUAUUGACUACCAGGCCUAUGUUUUCCAAGGAAUGAUGUACCAGUGCGCAUAUUCGAGCGAUCUGAACUCUGAGGGAAAAUUCCGAGGCAUCGAUGUCCUCCAGCUGUUUAGCAUUAGUACCGGACUUCAAGGAACUUGGAUUGGUAUUAUAAUCGGCAUAAUUGUCGGCUACCGAAUCCUAGCUUAUUUAGCUUUAUUACUACGUAAGUAA